AUGGAUGUAAAAUCCGUAUUUUUGAAUGGAGACUUAGAGAAAGAAGUCUAUAUUGAUCAACCUUUGGGUUAUGUAGUGCCUAACGAAGAAAAUAAAGUGCUAAAAUUGAAGAAGGCUCUCUAUGGCUUGAAGCAAGCCCCUCGUGCUUGGAAUAGCAGAAUUGAUAAAUAUUUUCAAGCAAAUGGGUUUAUCAAGUGUCCACAUGAACAUGCUCUCUAUGCAAGGAAUGAUAAAAAUGGUGAUAUGUUACUUGUUUGCUUGUAUGUGGAUGACUUAAUUUUUAUAGGGAACAAUCCAAAGAUGUUUGAAGAUUUCAAGAGAGCUAUGACAAAGGAGUUUGAGAUGACGGAUAUUGGCAUAAUGUCCUACUAUCUUGGGAUUGAAGUGAAGCAACGAGAUGAUGGCAUAUUUAUUUCUCAAGAAAGAUAUGCUAAAGAAAUUCUCAAGAAAUUUGAUAUGAAUAAUUGUAAGCCGGUCGGGACACCCGUGGAGUGUGGAAUCAAGCCACACAAGAAUCAAGAUGGUGAAAAAGUUGAUCCAACUUUAUUCAAGAGUCUUGUUGGAAGCUUGAGGUAUUUAACCUGUACUAGACCGGAUAUUCUUUCUGGUGUUGGACUUGUGUGUCGUUACAUGGAAGCUCCUACUACUUCACAUUUGAAAAUUGCCAAAAGAAUUCUUCGUUACAUCAAAGGUACAAUUAAUUAUGGUAUCUUGUAUGCUUUCUCGGACAACUUUAUGCUUGUUGGCUAUUGUGAUAGUGAUUGGGCCGGUGAUAUUGAUAGUCGAAAAAGUACUACUGGGUUUGUUUUCUUUAUGGGAAAUUCAGCUUUUACUUGGAAUUCUAAGAAGCAACCUAUUGUGACUCUUUCUACUUGUGAGGCGGAGUAUGUAGCUGCUACUUCUUGUGUUUGCCAUGCUAUUUGGCUAAGGAGUUUGUUAAAAGAAUUGAAUCUAUCACAAGAAGAUCCAACGGAGAUUUAUGUUGAUAAUAAAUCUGCAAUUGCAUUGGCCAAGAAUCCGGUGUUUCAUGAAAGAAGCAAGCAUAUUGAUACAAGGUAUCAUUUUAUUCGAGAUUGUAUAUCGAAGGAAGAAGUGAAGCUUGAAUACGUGAAGUCACAAGAUCAAGUUGCCGAUAUCUUCACGAAACCGUUGAAAUUUGAUGAUUUCAAGAAGCUACGUUUUUUACUUGGAGUAAUAAAUCUAGUUUAA